GACGUAGUACACCUAGGUAGAAAAUACGACGCCAUUUUGAUUUCAGCCCUUGAUUUGUAUUCGCUUGCGGCUCCGAAGCAGAAGGAAGAAGCGAAGACGCCAUCUUAGGUGCGAGACGUGUUUUUGUCUUUAUCGUGUUCGGAAGCCCUGUUUAACGCUGAAUAUGUCUAGCGGUGGAGUGAUCCGAGGCCCUGCGGGAAACAACGACUGUCGGAUUUACGUGGGGAAUCUGCCUCCUGACAUCCGCACCAAAGACGUCGAAGAUGUGUUUUACAAAUACGGAGCGAUACGUGAUAUCGACCUGAAAAACAGAAGAGGAGGACCGCCUUUCGCUUUUGUCGAGUUUGAGGACCCCAGAGAUGCAGAAGAUGCUGUGUAUGGAAGAGAUGGUUAUGACUACGAUGGCUAUCGCUUGCGUGUGGAGUUCCCCAGGAGUGGCAGAGGUGGGGGAAGAGGUGGAGCUGGGGCUCCCAGAGGCAGAUACGGCCCUCCGUCCCGGCGCUCAGAGUAUAGGGUCAUAGUUUCAGGACUCCCUCCUAGCGGAAGCUGGCAGGACCUAAAGGAUCACAUGCGUGAAGCAGGUGAUGUAUGUUACGCUGAUGUUUUCCGAGAUGGCACCGGUGUUGUGGAGUUUGUGCGCAAAGAAGACAUGACCUACGCAGUGCGAAAGCUGGAUAACACUAAGUUCCGGUCCCACGAGGGCGAGACAGCUUACAUCCGCGUAAAGGUGGACGGCCCACGCAGCCCGAGCUACGGGCGCUCACGCUCUCGUAGCCGCAGCCGGAGUCGGAGCCGAAGCAACAGCCGAAGCCGCAGCUUCUCACCACGCCGCAGCAGAGGAUCUCCACGUUACUCACCCCGUCACAGCCGCUCUCGCUCCCGCACUUAAACUCUCACAAUACAGCUAGCUCUCCAGCCACAAACACACACCCUGUGUUGCCCACCCUCAUCGGACCCCCGCUUUGUACUCCAUGGUCAUCUUGACUUGCCUCGCCUUCUCGCGGCCCGAAUCAACGUCUUCAUUGGUUUGCAGUGGAAUUUCCAUAAAUGAGUCUUUUCAUUUUAAUAAUCUAGCUAAAGAUCAAAUGAAGUGUAGCUAAAUGGAUGUUCCCGUUUGUCUUCCUUCACCCUCAACUUAAAAAAAAAAAAAAAAACACCCUACCUAUUGUUCUGUCCUGUCGUAUCCUUUCCCCCUCAUCCCUUGUGUCUUUUGUUCUGCAUUUAUAUUUUAAAUAGUGUUUCAACCCCAUUGUUUGUACAUGUGUAAGACAAGGUAGAUUUCCAAAUACUAUAAAAAAAAAAAAAAAAAGUCUUGUUUUGAGAAAUUGGCUACUAUUUUUGUUAGUAAUAGGGUUUUUGGGGCGGGGUAAGUCGAGUUUUAAUUUUGCUGGUUAGGAUUUUUGUUGCAAAACUGUUCUAUUUUUACCUUUUCGUGUGUCUUUCUAUAGACAACAGAGGAGCAGGAUUAAAGAAAGCUUUGGAAUAAAGGAUUGUCAAGCACAGUUCAUUCAUAUUAGGAUAAAGCGUAUUUGGAGGAGGAGGAGCAGGCGUUUCAAUUUUGGCAAUGGUAUGAUGACAAGCGUCUUUAGACACCUUCAAACAAAAAUUGCAGGGUUUUUUUUUGCUUUGUUUUUGUUUUUCCCCCUCCGACUUUCAGUAACCUGAUGUAAAGUUUGUUGCUUUGUCAUUUUUACCCUCCCUUUAUAGUUCCCUCUCCUUUUUUAUUUGACCUCUUCUUCAUUGGCCUUUAUUGCCAAGCAUGCAUGUGUUCUGUCUUAAUGCCAUGCUCGUGCAUACGUCAGAAUUUUUUUUUUAAUUAUUAUUUAAAGUUUUAUUUUUUCCCCCUUUUCUUGUCCCAAAUAUAAAACAUUUGUCAUUUAAAGUGGACCUGCCCGGACUGUGCCAUUCUUGAGCAACCGCAGAAACAUCUCAGGAGAUACUGAUGGAAGAAGGUUUGCCUUGGGCGCUUGUAACAGUGUAAAUUGCAAAUCCAUUCAGGAAAUACUGCAUUGUUGUUGCUGUUUGUGACUAUGGUACAAUGGUGUAAUGUUAAUACGGUGCUUAAAGGUUUUGUUAGAUCAUGUCAAGUUAAGUAAUGAUUUAUUCUUUGGAGAGAGAAAAAAAAAACCCAAACAAAAAGUUACACCGCGCCUAUGAUAAUCUCUUAGAAGCUUUUGACAUAGCUGUGAUUCUAACUUGAUCCCUCUUUUUGAUUUUGCUGGUAUUCAAAGGUUUGGAUUGGAGGAGGGACACACUGUCUCCCGAUCCUUGGAGCCGGAUCAUUGGAUCAGUUCAGGAUCAGGAGCAGGAUUAGGAUUAGGAUAAGGAUGGAUACAUACAUGGAGCAGGAUCAAUUUACCGGGAGCGGGAACCGUAGGAGAGGAUCCCAACCCCCUCACCAAACCGCACUUAAUGGAGAUAACAAAAAAAAAAGCAGAAAACAUUUCAAUUGGCUUUUCUAGAACCAAAUUUAUUUUUAAAGAAUUUUUUUUUUCCUUUUUUUGUUUUUGCGGAGCCAGACCAAAGAGGCGCACACUGAAGGGAUCCUGCAGUCGUUUUUCUUUUAUGAGAUGAGUUUUUGGUAUAAAGUGGAGCAGAGCCGGGAACCGGGAGGCUGGAUCAGUUGCUUUGGAUGGAAUCCACAUGAGGAGCUGGGUAAAUAGAAGGAUUUAAGGUUUUGGGAGGGUGGGAUGGGAUAUUAAUAAUGAAGGGGGAUUUUGUAGUUUAUUUAGGGAUUCAAAUAUACAAAAUGCUUCUGGAUAUUUUUUUUUUUUUAAGAUGUGUUUGAAUUGGUGGGAUUUUCUGAAUUGGCUACUUCAUAUUUCUAGUUUGUAGUGUUUUUGUUGUUGUGUUUUUUUUUUUUUCUUCCUUCUCUCUUUCAAUAAAGGUUUGAAAUCCA